AUGGAUUUAUCCUACGAAGGCAAUUUUGUUGAUAAACCAGCAGUUUUAUACGACGAUCAAGAUAAACCAUUCCAGACCUUUUGUCGUAAACUUGGCAACUCUAUUUUAACCAUGUUCGAGUCCUAUAGCAAGAACAAUUCCUUACAUUCAAGCAUUGCUCAUAGCUACUAUGUUGAUUCUCCCACUAAUACUGGAAUUUUAUCUCCUGGUGUAGCAUUUCCCUUUGAUUUAUUUCGUCUCUCUAAAAGUCAAAUGGUCAGUAUUACCUCAAAAGGAAGGUUUAUGUGCACCCAGUGCAUCACUGUAACCACGUCAGGGCAGAAUAAGUAUAGCAUAUUAGGAAAUGAAGUGCUGAAAUUAAAAAGCACUCCAUCUAUAGCGAAAUCAUUAUUCGAAACACCUAGCCUAAAUGAUGGAAUGGAUAACUGUGUUCCUGUCUUCUUUAUGUCAGCUCUGAACAGACCAGUCGCUAAUAGAAAGAUGCCUGCCUAUAGCAGGCAAGAUAUUCAUUUUCAUUUAAGUAUGGACGAAGCCGCUAGUCGAUGUGAUAAAGUUAGUUUCGGCCAAAUGUCGAAUAAGGAUGAAGCCGAUAAGUGUGGUGUUGCAGAUUCUCCGGCAGGAGCACCUAUUACUUAUAACUUAUUUGGCAAUUAUAACAAGUGUACUCGUCAGUUUAGUUGUUCAAAGAAUGAAAAUUCGAUUACGGCCUGGUGGGUUGAAGAAGAGAUAGCACCCUAA